AUGACAUGUAAGUCAUUAAUCAUUAAUGUCAUUAAGUCAUUUUUCAUUAAUGUGUUGCUAAAAUCUAGUUGGCAGCAAAAGUUGACCUUAUUUGACAUGAGUUUCAUCUAUAACCAAUUCAGUAUGAAUAUUCAGAUAUUUUCCUGCUUUUUAUUCUCCAGGAAACACAAUGGAGAAGUUCCCACUUUAAGAGGGCAAGUUGUACCAAUCCUGAGUACCCCAGUGAUGUCUGUGCCAUACUCAGGGGAUCAUCUUCCUCAAUUUUGUGGUAACCCAACCAGUGUCACAGGUUUCCUUGCUCAGGUGGCUGCUUAUUUGACAGCUCUGGAGAUUUCCAAUCCUGCAGAUGAUGCCCGAGUCAAGCACCUUUUUGACUACCUAUCCCAGCAGAUGCAAAGUUGUGACACUAUAUCUGACUCUAACCAGAGGAACCUAUUGAAGCAAUAUGAGAAUUUUGUUCAUGAGUUCCAGCAGUCAUUAGUUAAACCUGCAAAACAAGAAAUGACUCUUCCAAGGAAUGUUAAGAUUGGCAAGAGAGACAACUCUCAGCAGGAUGCUACUUUCCAAGUUCUUGAUCAAAAUCUGAGUUGUAGUGAGACCAUUCAGAGCAAUCCAUUCCAAAUGGGACAGUCUGGGCCUACUCAUGAUGAAGAAAUAACAGAUAUAAUGGGAAACCUACCAGAUUUGAUCACUCAAUGCAUUCAUCUGGACAAAAAACACAAAGACAGGCCAGAGCUCCUACAGUCAGAAUGUCACCUACCAAUGUUUGCAUCUACAAACCAUCAAGAAUCCUCCUUUAUCCCUGUAAGUCCACUACAUAAGGAUGAGCCCAAACAAUUUCAGGGAGCCCAACUUCCCAUCACUCCAGCUAAAAGAGCCCUCCAGCAAGAAACUCAGUUAUGUCUCCAUUGUAACCAGGCUGGUCACUUCACAAGAGAUUGCCUUGCUAAACGUUCUCGAACUCCAGCAAGGAGAAAAAUAUAA